AGAUCUCCAAGGAAAGCUGUUUUGUGAGGCUGAGACUAAAUCUAAGAAGCAAGAUGCUGGCCCAAGUAUUUGUUCUGUUUCUUUUUAUUUCCAUGCGGCCUUCGUCUCAGAAGCAUUUUCACUUUUCACCAUCCAGGACAACCCCCACUAGGUCCCCUGAGAGAAUCAGUAAAGCUAAAUGCGGUAAGAUCAUGAGCGAAAUUCCUCAGCAGAAUCGAAAUUUAUUUUCUGUAUCUGCUCCAAUUUGUGUUCGUCUCAACGAUACUCAGUUGUUUGAAAAGCUUCGUAAGGAAGCUACGUACAACCCGCGUUAUAUGGCCAUCAAUGAAACAGAGGCGUGUAAAAACUUCAACGACCUGGUCCUCGCCGACACGAUUCCCCUAUCGGAACAAUCUCUACGUUUAUCAAUCCAGGCCAAAAAUGAUCAACCUCAAUCUGCCCAACUGAAGUCGAGCGUGAUAAGCGAUGACGCAAAUCACUUCAAGGUUGAUGCCGAACGCUUUGAAUCAUGGAUCGAGAGCAAGCGAAGACAGAAGCGUUCUUUGAUCGAAAAUACUAUGAUUGGCAAUUGCAGGAAACCGAGCGAUGUCAUCAACAGAGUUACGUACCUGUGCAAGCAAUGUUCCGCGAUGACAAAGCUAAAAAGCAAUAUUUUCCCUCCCUACAUCAAUGAGGUUAUAUGCGACGUCACUCAAUUCUGUAAUAAUAAUACCGGUAAAUGUAUUCAGAGAGCUAUUACCUUCGACUUCCUUGAAGAUACUGGUAUGUUUAAACGAGACCCCGUCAUUAGCCAAGAGCUUAACAUAGAAGUCUACAUACAGGACUGGAAAAAGAUCCCACAUGAGAUCAGAUCAUGCUGUGAGUGUGGUGUUCUUGUCAAAAGAAGAUAACUGAUAAAGCUUUGUAAAGCAUUAACAUAAUGUAGAAAAUGAAGAGUUGGAAUCUUAGUUUAGUAUAUCUCAAAAAGCGUUGAAAUUAUUCCUUAGCAAAAGUGAUUCACUGAUAGACCAGCAGACUUGCUGAUUAGUCCCAAUACUAUUGAAUACCAUCGGAAUAAGUCCUUUUUUUCCCGAUCUUAACUCUCGAUAAUUCUGCUGGACGUCUUAUUUCGAAUAAAUUGAUACCAACAAGGCCUCUUGUUGUUUAGCUUCUUAAUGCAUAUCAGUUGCGGUUGAGUUCUUUCUUGGUUUAAACUUUUUAAAACCAGUUUAUUGUUUUGUUUCCUUGGUAUUGUAUUCGUUAUCUUAACCUCAGACAAAAAAAGGACUACAUAACGUGAAAGGAUAACCGCUGAGCAGACAACAUGACAAAUUUCAAUUCGUUGGAACUCGUUGAACAAUUGAUCAGUUUCAAAUACCGCAUGACACCAAAUGUAGCUUACGAAACAAUUUUCAUAACAACCAUAACUUACAAUUUUUCCGACAUGUUAACGAAGCCGAGUGCGCCUUGAGCUAAUUCAUACGGAUCGAGGCUCAGACUGUUUUAGCAAUAAUUCUAUGGUGUUGGAGUAUAGAUUUGACAUAAUCGCGUACAUAUCGCCCUCUUUCUGUUAUAAACAUAUACAUCGUCAUGUUCAAUGAUGAUAUAGAAGUCAAAUUGUUUUGAUUAGCAAUUGGUAGUGCCUCAACAUCUUGAAUCAAACGAUUGUAAUUAAG